CCGUCCCCAACGAGGAAGGUAUGAAGUAAUACUUUGUACUGUCUUUUUUUUUCGGUACCCACCCCCGGACUCAGCUCACACGACGCCCCAUUCAUUUCAUUCAUCAUCAACUUUCCUGCAACCUUACGAUCCAUACAUGCGCGCUUCUACCUAGCCUCCUAAAACCGAGUCUUCUUUUAUAUAUCUACCUAACCUACCUACCUCUAUUUAUUUCAAGAUUUCCUUAUUGUUAUUUCCCUUCCACGUACGAAAAAAAAGGGAAAACGAAAAAUCAGAUCCAACAUGUGUACCCCGGACCUGUUCCUCGGCCUUCUGGCCAUUCUAUUCCCCCCUCUGCCGGUCUGGGUUAAAACCGGUCUCUGCUCCGCCGACUCCAUCAUCAACAUCCUGCUAUGUGUACUAGGCUACCUCCCCGGCCUCAUACACGCCUGGUACAUAAUCUCCAAAUUCCCCGAGUCAUACGAGUACGAAGCCGUGCCGCAAGACGGCGAGCGCGCCCACGUCACCUACGUCUUUGUGCAAGAGCCUCAGCCCCAAGCCCGCCCUCAGGCCCAGCCCAAGUCUGCCUCUAACUCGCAGCCAAACUACGGCGCUACCGACAACAACAACAACCACAACGCCUCUUCUUCGUCUGCUGGUCCCUCCGACGAGGGCCACGCCCCACCCACCUACGCCGAGGCCGUUAAGGGCGACCACAAGAUCCAGACCCAUGACUAGAUGUCCUACGUGUUGUCCGCCGCGCCGGUCCGGCAGUCGCGAUGGUGCUUGUGGAUGGACCGGUAUCCCGGGGGGCUCUAGAUUCUAGGGCUACUCUUAGGGACUCAGCUAGAAUAUCUACAGGAAGACUUUGCAUAGCGGGACUCACUGCGGAUUUAUCAGAUGGGAGAAGGAUGUCUUUUUAGUAUAGGAGUUGGAGGUAGGACUGGCUCGGACUGAGCAGUGUUUUGCGUUAUGCCAUGUUUCGACCAUUCGACGAGGGUUCUCGGGAGUCCCGGGUUCGUCGAGAUUUCUUCUCUGGUGGUAUGUAAUACAACAAUAUUGUAAAAGAGUAAUUUAUCGUGGUUCAACGAGAGAUAUUUUAUGAUAAUAAUAUAUUCCGUCUACAAGUGAUACUCAACUAACCAACGGCU